GAUGGGGUGAAAACAACUUGUAUAACGUGUAGUUUUGUCAUCUCUCUAGUUCAUCCCUUUGCUUCUUUUUCUCAUUCUCUCUCUCUCUCCUAAUCAAUUGGAGAUUUCCCUAAUAUCUAUUCCAUUACUUCCCUUGUUAUUGUUCUCACUGCAGCUCCAUUUCCUUCGCCUUAACUGUCCCCUUGUUUAUCCUGUGAAGGAAAAAGGAAGUUUUUUAAUCCCAAAAACAGAAAACAAGAAAGCAGAAGGAAGAUCAUUUAGUCAUGGGUAAAAGUAGGCCACCAAAAUCAGAGUCUAAAACUUCAAGACUGCUUGAACCAGAGUUUGUUGCCCCCAAAAAGAGGAAGAUGACUCAGAAAGUUGUGAUCACAGUGCAAAUGGAAGCAAAUGCUAUAAAGCAGAAGAAUGAAGGGGCUCCUUCAGAUUGUUGGAGCUGGAGAAAAUAUGGACAGAAACCCAUCAAAGGAUCCCCUUAUCCCAGUGAUCAUUUUGGAUACAGGGGUUACUACAAAUGCAGCAGCUCAAAGGGUUGUUCAGCUAAAAAACAAGUAGAAAGGUCCAGCACAGAUUCAUCCUUGUUCAUCAUUACAUACACAUCCACCCAUAAUCAUCCAGGUCCAAAUUUCCCUAACAAAGACACUGAUCCUGUUACACAAGAUACUGCCAUGACUCUACAGCAAGAUCAAGAACCAAUAACGGAUCGACACAUGUCCCUCGAAGACAAUGAUGAUGACUCACAAAGCUUCCAUUACAGCAAAUCCCCAUUUAAUAGUACUACCAGCAUUUCCCAAGGCAUACAUGUCCAGCAAGAAGAGAAUCAAUUCACUGAUAAAUUCUUGGGAACAAUUUCAUAUGAUGAUUUUCUGCCCCUUUCUUACCCUCAGCUAAUGAAGUUUCCAAAAUCAGAAUUGUCAGAAGAAAAUGACUUUUAUGAUGAACUAGGAGAGUUACAACUACCUCCAUCUUUUACUUCCUUUGCAGGCAUUUUUGAAGAGACAAUCCUUGUAGAUCCCUCUUAGUAAAAAUGCGGAGAUCACAGUUCAGAUAGGUUUCAUUGACAGGUAGUAGUGAUAUCUUAAGUUUGUGAAUUUCUUGUCAAUGCUUGAGGUCAAAUCAUUUCAUUUGGCACAUUGUAAGUAUGAUAUCAUCAGAAGGAGACUCAAAUAGUAUUUCAUUUGUAGCCAUGUAAAGGAAGCUCGCUGCUUUGUUUUUUAUAAUAGGAUGGACACUUUCAUUUUUCUCUU